CGUGCUGGACCCGUGGUGUCUAUAAAAGCAGAAACAACCAAAAUGGUUUGCAAAGACGACCAGAAAGACUCUCUCAUAGUUCGCCAUUUGAAUUUUCUCUGAGAAAUACAACUAAAAUGUCGCUGAGCAAUAUUUCCGACGAUAUGUACGGACACUCGCCGUUUUCGGUCAACAACGAUCACUCUUCCGGCGAAAUGACUGGAGCUGAUGUCCAAAUUAUCACCUCCGGUGGUCUACGCAUCCCGGCACACUCUUGCAUCCUGGCCUUAGCUUCGCCUGUACUGGAGAAUAUCAUAGAUAGGCCGCGAAAGCACCGGAGCUCCGAGAAGACCAUUCCGAUCCUCGGCGUUCCUUGCGACGCCGUUGCCGUGUUUCUUCGAUUUCUCUAUUCCUCCAAGUGCACCGAGGAAGAUAUGGAUAAGUAUGGGGUUCAUCUGCUCGCUUUGUCUCAUGUGUACUUGGUACCACAGCUGAAGCAGAGGUGCACCAAGGGAUUGGCUGGACGGCUGAUGUUUGAAAAUGUGGUGGAUGUGCUUCAACUUGCCCGCCUCUGCAAUGCCCCUGAUCUUUACCUCAAGUGCAUGAAGAUGGUGUCCAGCAAUUUCAAGGCUAUUGAGCAGACUGAGGGUUGGAAGUUCCUCCAAAAUCAUGAUCCUUGGCUCGAACUCGAGAUCUUACAGUUCAUUGAUGAAGCUGAAACAAGGAAGAAGAGAACAAGGAGGCAUAGAGAGGCACAAAGCUUGUAUUUACAGCUAAGUGAAGCGAUGGAGUGUUUGGAGCACAUAUGCACGGAAGGUUGCAUGAGUGUUGGGCCAUAUGACGUUGAGCCUAGCAAGAAUAGAGGUCCAUGUAGCAAGUUCUCUACGUGUCAAGGUCUCCAACUCUUGAUUCGACACUUUGCUACUUGUAAAAGGAGGGUUAAUGGAGGGUGUUUACGGUGUAAACGUAUGUGGCAGCUUCUAAGACUUCACUCCUCAAUAUGUGACCAGCCUGAUGCUUGCAAGGUUCCGCUUUGCAGACAGUUCAAAUUGAAAAUGCAACAAGAGAAAAAGAGAGACGAUGCAAGGUGGAGGCUACUGGUGAGGAAGGUGGUGUCCGCCAAGGCCAUAUCUUCCUUGUCUCUGCCCAAGAGAAAGAGAGAAGAACCAAGAGAGGCCAUAAAUCACAGUGGGGUUAGAAUGUUCGAAUUAUAAAAUUGUGGUCACAAAUUGCCACAGUCCAUUUCUCGGUGUGCAUAAGAUGGACGAUAAAUGUUUAUUGAAGAAGUUAUAGAGUUAAUUAAAAAAUGCACUGGUUUGAAAGGCUUGUUAGAAUUUUCCACGUGGGUGAGCUCGUCUACAUUAUUAUUUCAUUUUAGAGAUCUAAGUGGGUAUUGUACAUGGCGGUUAUUUUGGUUAGUCAUCUUAUGGUAUUGCUGUUAAAAUAAUAAUAAUAAAAUUUAAGUUAUGCCUUUUGCACCCUUGUCAUUCAAUGGUCCAGUUAUCAAUGUUGUAAUAGAAGGACCCUUGGUUUGAUGAUGGGUCAACAUAUAGUUAUUUUGUAUUCUUCUCCAAUACUGUGGAUUGAAUGGUCUAUUGCCAAUCUACUUCUAUCC